AUGGCAGAUAACUACAGACCUGAAGAUAUACCUUCAAGUCCUUAUUACCUUCACCCAAGUGAAAAUCCUUCACUUCUUCUGGUUACAAAUGUUCUCACUGGUCCUAAUUACCAUUCGUGGUGUAGAGCUAUGAGAAAAGCUCUCAUAUCGAAGAACAAGCUUAGGUUCAUCGAUGGAACAAUUGAGAUUCCUGACAGAGAUCAUGCUUCAUUUUAUGCCUGGGAUAGAUGCAAUAAUAUGGUGUGUUCUUGGCUGACAAGAGCUGUAAGUGAUUCAAUCUCAGAUAGUUUAUCUUGCAUAGACAAUGCCAUUGAUAUGUUAUGGGAUGAGUUUGCAAGUCUAAGGCCUGUGCCUAGGUUCUAUUGUGUUCCUGCUUGUUCCUGUAGUUUGUUGAAAACUAUAAAGGAUUAUUCUACAAAUGAUAUAGCAAUCAGCUUUGUAAAAGGAUUAAAUGAUAACUAUGGAGUUAUCAAGAGCCAGAUUAUGAUGAUGGAACCUCUUCCUCCCAUAAAUAAAGCCUUUUUUAUGAUAAUCCAACAUGAGAGAAAAUUUGGAUUAAUCAAUUCAAGUAAUGAUGCUAUUGCUUUUAUGGACAAAGGAAACUCUACUGAUAAUCAUGAUGAUUGUGGUAGUUCUAAGCAAGGAGAGUCAUAUGUGAAUUACAGAGGGAAUUUUCAUAGUUCUGGAGGUCAUGGCAACUCUGGAAACUAUGGAAAACAGAGGAAAUUCAACUAUAGUCAAAGCAAGAAGCCAAUUUGUUCUUAUUGUGGCAUGGAGGGUCACACUGAAGACAUUUGUUAUAAAAAGCAUGGAUAUCCUCCAAACUACUUCAAAAACAAGAGAAACAACAUUCCUCAAGCUAAUCAAGUUGAGUUUGAUAAUCAGUAUGAACACUCUAGUGCAGACUCUUAUGAUAGGGAGAUCCCUUUUAAGAGUGAACAAUCUGAUGCUCAGUUUCCUUUCACAAAGGAUUAG